AUGCGCUGCACCGGACCGCCCGGCGCAGGCAAGGGCUCGCAGUGUCGCCGUUUGGCGGAGCAGUACAACCUCGAGCACAUCUCCUGCGGCGAACUCAUGCGUCACCAGAAGGCCAUGGGCACGAUGCUGGGCCAGUACCUGGACGACCACUGGCAGCUGCACAAGCUGUCGGCCAUCGCCACCGAUCUCGUGGUCCACACCAUCAAGAAGGCCCAGGCCAGCGGCAAGGGGUUCAUCCUCGACGGCUCCCCUCGCACCCCGCGCGAGGCCGAAAUGUUGGCGAUGGCGUUCACAGCGAACGGGAUCGGGCUGGACGGCGUGAUCGAGCUGGUGGUGAGCGAGGAGGUGGCCACCCGGCGCCUGCUCGCGCGCCGCGUCCACCAGCCCUCCGGCCGCAUCUACAACCUCGGCACCUGCCCUCCCCAGAAACCCGGAGUCGACGACGUCACGGGCGAAGAGCUGACCCAGCGCGCCGACGAUCUCACGGCCCAGGGCAUCGAGGUGCGGUUCCGGGCCUACGAUGCCUACGGCGCGCAGGUCCACAGCUUCUUCGAGAAGCCCGAGUCGGGCGUUCCCCUCUACUUUAAGGUGGACGCCGGCGUGGACGACCUCGACGCCGUCCACGCCGAGCUCCAGCGGGUCGUGGCCCCGCUUGUCGACAUCAAUUCCAAGCGCUCGGUCUUCAGCUUUGUCCGCGGCGGCGACGAAGACAAGGCCGACCUGGACGACCGCGACAGCGAGAAGGCCACCACCGCCGGCAUGGCCGGCGGCCAACGCGUCGGCGCCGCUGACUCUGCGGUCAUUCUCCAACAGAUCAAGUUGUUGGUGCGCAGCAGUAAGCCGGCGUCGCGCUUCCCGGGCAGCCACCCGGUGGCGUUGACCAGCAAGAACAUCAAGCAGCUCCUGGAUGAUGACUACCGUGUGGCGCCCAAGAUCGACGGCGAGCGCCGCUUCCUGGCCCUGCUCGACGAGCGCCUGUACCUCAUCGACCGCCGCAUGCGCGUCGAGCUCUUCCCGGCCAUCCGCUUCCCCGCGCGCUACAACCGCACCAUCUUCGACGGCGAGGUCGUGGCCGUCGAUCAGCCGCCCACGGCCGAGGGCAAGAACGAAAACGAAAACGAAAGCGACAACGACAACGAAAACGAAAACGAAAGCGAAGCGACGAGGCGGUGGUAUUUCGUUAUCUUUGACGUGGUGUGUGCCGAGGGCGAGUAUGUGUGCCACAUGCCGCUGCACGAGCGGCUCAACCUGGCCAAGCCCGUCAUCGAGUCGGUCGAGGCCGCCCCGUUCGAGCUCACCUUCCAGGACUACCACCCGCUCGACCGCAUCCACGCCGUCUUCCGCCAGCAGCGCCUCCACCACGUCGGCGGCGGCCAAGGCGACGAAACCGAAGCCGAGGCCGGCAAAAACGAAAAAGAGAAGAGUGACGAUGACGACGGCGAAGAAGACGAUGACGACAACGCCAGCUUCUUCCCGACCGACGGUCUCCUCUUCGCUGGGGUACUGUGA